GCACUGCGCAUGCUCCUUCCUUUCCAGCGUUCGAGCCUCUUGCCGCCGCCACGGUAAGGCCUCGCUCUGGCCGCCCCAUCUUCCUCGCAUCGCUUCCAUCCUGCGCCUGGUCGGCCCGGCUCCUCACUUUGCUACGCCUGGGCGCCUUGCUCUUCCUCCCUGCCCGGCUCGUUUUGGCCGGAGGGGAGUCGGAGAUGGAAAACGGGGCAUGGAUGCGGGGCGGGGAUUGGGUGCCCGGCUGGAAGGCGGCAGUUUGUUAAGCCAGGCCGCGGCUCCUCUAGAGUUGAAGUAGGAGUGCGUGUGGGCUUGGGAGACUUAACACUAGCUUAGCCCUCGCGCCCGUCUCCCUCGAGGAGCACGUGCAUGGUAUAUAAUAAGUCGAUCGUAAAAUUGAAGUUGUGUGUCCGUGAACGUGUUCUGCAAAGAAGCAAAGCAGGGAGUGGUGAGAGGUCGUUUUAGGGCUUUAAAUGAAGACAGCUAGGCUAAUGAUAAAAAUGGGGGCUUUGCUAGGGAAGCUUUUAUUUGAAACUAUCUUAAUAGCCUGAUACUAUAUGCAUAGUUAUUUGGCAGAAAGUCACAUUGAGUUGAAUGGGGUAAAUAAGUGUACAGUAUCUAAGAUUACAGCUUUCAAGUCAAAAGUUCUCACUAUCGUCAAACUUGAUGCUUGCUGUAAUGGUUAGUGGAGGCUGCAUUGAGCACCGGUUGUUUAUAUGAAACUUGCUUUUCUGAGUAUUCUGCACGGAUGUUGCCAGAGAAAGUCAGUGCAAAGGGUCCCAUGUUCAAUUCAUAUCAAUAUUUUAAAGAAUCGGGUGGUAGAUGAUGAAUAGAGAGAAUACUUUCUGAUGAGUAGGGUUACUUCCUGAGACACUUAAGAGAUGAUGCUACAGGGCUAAAUGGACAAAGUCUGAUUUGGUAUAAGGCAGGUCUUGUCUAGCAUUGCUUAAAAUUGAGGUAUACAACAUUUUAAUGCAAGCUUAAUAUGCACCUUUUCUUUCAUACUCUUCAGCUUCCAACAGAGCAGUAAAAUAAUGUGCUGGGUUACUUUGUACCAUUUUCUUGAGAACGUGUCUGUGUGUGUGUGUGUGAACUUUGAACUAAAAAAGGGGCGGCUCUUUAAAAUUGAAUCUAUAUUUUCCUACAGAUGUUGAUGCCUAAAAAAAACCGCAUUGCCAUCUACGAACUCCUUUUUAAGGAGGGAGUGAUGGUAGCUAAGAAAGAUGUUCAUAUGCCUAAACACCCAGAACUGGCAGACAAAAAUGUGCCCAACCUCCAUGUCAUGAAAGCAAUGCAGGUAAGGCACUGGCUUUCAACUGGUAUGUUGCACCCUGACGUUAAGUGAGUUGCACCAGUGGUAGCAUAGCCAACAUUUUCUGAAUGUUGUUCAUCUUUAAAAAAAUAACUCUAACCAUUCCAGGUCAAGGCUUCUGUGCUUCUAAUAGUUGCAUAGAAGAAGUGAGUGCAGGAAGUGCAACUUUCACCUCCCUGAAAGAUCUUUGCAGUAAAUAAUUUUAAAUUGGGUCCUGUGUUGCCAAUUGGAAUUAAAAGUGAGUUCUGGAUCUGAAAAGGUUGAAAGCUAGGCUAGUAAGGUAGGGAACCCUAAAGGUGCCUAAGAGUUUUAUUAACAUAGUGGUAGGAAGAAAGGGAAUACCAAAUACUUGCCAUAUUUUACAGAACACUUACAUAAACAUCUGCAAUCUCAUUAUACAACAUAAUCCAUCUUUUAAAACUGGCGAUGAUUCGUUCCCCUCUCCCCAUCCCUAACGAUGAGCUUCCUCUGGCCUUUGCCACUAAUGUUUGCAUGUAGAGUUCAAGAUGUAGAAAGUUGUUAGUGUUAAUUAACGUUAUUAAGAAUUGCUGUGAACAAAUAAGUAUUAACGAUAAUUAUAACUAGACUUAUAUCUUCUUAGUCGCUGAAAUCUCGUGGUUAUGUGAAGGAGCAGUUUGCAUGGAGGCAUUUCUACUGGUAUUUGACCAAUGAGGGCAUCCAGUACUUGAGGGACUAUCUCCAUCUGCCGCCUGAAAUUGUGCCUGCCACCUUGCGUCGCAGUCGUCCUGAAACUGGGCGACCCCGGCCAAAAGGUAAGCUUUAAUUUACAUUACUUGCUUGGAUUUGCUGUUGACAUAGCGUCCAGAAUUGCUUUCCUUGGAUGAAGCAUUUUGGCAAAAGCACUUGGAUUUGUGAACGUGAUUCUCACAAAGUCCUCUAGAUCUGAAGACUAGGACACAAACAUUUAAGUAUUUCUGCUGGGAUGUGCCUUCAACUAUGUGAAUGCACCCUUACGGAAGGACAAGUGUCUGAUAGGUUGCAGGUACUAUGAGUUCAACUUGUACAAAUUACUAGGCCAUUGACUUUAGGAAUCAGCAUUGUUGAGUUGGAAGGGACCCCAAAGGCCAUCUAAUCCAAUCCCCUGCAAUGCAGGAACGGAACAGUUUAUUGCAUUCAUUUGUAUUUUGCUAACUAAGGCUCCUUACCACUAUUCAUUUCUACAUCCAAGACAGCUAUAUUUUAUUGGAGCUAAAUUAAGGGAGCACAGUGUUAAGAAGCCUGACUUUGCCAAAUAUAUUUCAGGGCUGGAAAUGGAGGUGUUUCAUUAUCCUUGUAGGUGUGAAUCUAUUGGAGACAUUGUAUCUUUGGUCAUAUAAGCACGGUCAUAAGAAUGAUACUGGUCAGACUGCUAACUUUUGUUUUGCCUUGAAGAGAAAAUAAUUUAAACUUGCCACAUCAAGGCCAUGUACAGUUUUGAACUGUGACACAUUCAGCAGAGUUCUGUUUGAAUUUAUUUCCUAUGGUUUUUACACAUGCUUUGCACUCUCAUGUUGACAUAUUGAAUAAGCUUACAGGCAGUUGUAUACAGUCAUACCUUGGAAGUCGAACAGAAUCUGUUCCAGAAGUCUGUUUGACUUCCAAAAUGUUCAGAAACCAAAGUGCAGCUUCUGAUUGGCUGCAGGAAGCUCCUGCAGCCAAUCAGAAGCUGCGGAAGCCCUGUUUAACGUUUGGGUUCCAAAGAAUGUUUGCAAACCGAACACUCCUGGGUUUGCGGCGCUUGGGAGCCAAAACGUCUUAAGUACCAAGGCGUUCAGGAUCCAAGGUACGACUUUACUUGAUUAGGUGAUUCUUACAUAUUUGAUAGUGCAUUCAGUUAUUAGCGGAGUGUUGCUGCUAUAGAUUCGUCUGUCACAAUAGCAUAGGUCUCUUGGAUCUGUUUUCAGGUUCAUCCAGCUGUAAGCCCAACCAUGUACAGAAUUUUGAUCAUGACCGAUACCCAAUAGAUGAAAAUCUAGUCUGGUUUUAAAUGUACAAGGGAGGCAGCUGCUUGGGAUACAACAGCCAUGUACUGCCUGCUUUAUGACAAGUGGCUUUGUGUGUAUCAACUUACCUUGCCAAUAGAGAAUUCACUGUAAGUUUAGCAUUCAACGCUACCAGGAAUUCAGGCCCACGGGUUGAAGGCAGUGACGGUUGCUCAUUCCUCAAAUGCUUAGAUCAUAGUGAAGGUGAUUGUUCUGUUUUUAUCCACCUUCUUUCUAGUACAUCUCAUUUCAUUCUCAGUUGUAGCCUUAAAGUAGUGCAUUGAGUUGCCAAAUUGUGUUGCUCAAGUCUACUUGGUGAGUUGCAUGUUUUGGUAGUUUGAAGCAUAGACCUCCAUUGAACUGAAAGACGAUUUUUUCCCCAAAAUGGUUAAGAGUGGUCCAAAUGGUUUAGCUUUCAGCUGAACUGUUAGAAAAAUAGCACUUUUCAAGGGAGAAAUGUAUUUGGCAUUUUUGAAGUCCUUUACCUUGUAAUAAAAAUGUUCUAUCAACACACUGGUACACAAUGUGGUUAAUAAAUACUACUGACUUAAUUUUAAAUAAUAUAUACGUUUUUGAAGAACAGCUUAAAACCCUAUGACUGUUAAGCUGAAAGCUUCUUGAUUGAUUUGUCCUGUUUUUGCCUUUUCAGGUUUGGAGGGUGAGCGUCCUGCUCGCCUUACACGGGGAGAGGCUGACAGGGACACCUACAGACGCAGUGCUGCUCCUCGUAAGUGUUUAAAACAAGAGGUUAACUGGUCUCUGCCAUUGUUUUCUUGUACAUUUACCUAGCUUUUCAUUUAUUUAAAAUGAGAUAGUAUUGAAGUUUGGAGGAAAUACGGCACGUAUUGGCUAGCCUUGGGAACCAGCCAAAACGUGGUUGCUGGUACCUAGGAACCUUCCCCUAUUGGGAGUUGGACAGUCUCUGAAUAUGAGCGCAUGAGCAACACAGCCCUAAUCCUGGGCUUUUGCGAUAAUCCCUCCAGUUGUGCUUUGGAGUUGCGCUAAGAUAAAAAGUGAAGUGUGACAUAAUGGUGCAAUUCCCCUCUGCUUAUAUUCUAAACUGGUGGGAAGGUUGGCUGGGCUUGUCAAGCUUCCCAGAGUAGGAAAGGGAUGCUGCCAGGGCAAGAGCAUUUGUAGGGCAGGAAUAUUGUAUUUAUGCAAUCAACUUGCAUAAGUAACGUAUGCCUAAAUAAUAUCAUGACUGUUAGCAUUCUGGUGCUUUAAAAAUGCUUUCAAAGAUUAUAGAUACCUCUCUACGUGGUACUCCUUGUCUUGAAUAACGUGGAGUGUUUUUUCUUCUCAGCUGGUGCUGACAAGAAGGCAGAGGCUGGAGCUGGGUCAGCUACUGAAUUUCAGUUUGUAAGUAUAUAUAGAAUAUUUAAUUUUAUGCAAAGGAUUAACAUGUAAGCGCCUCUGACCAAAAUCAGACACUUUCAUAUCUUCCUUGUUGAGUUGGCAACAGUAUUGCAGGCACAAUUACAUGUAUUUCAGGCUUCUGUUUAUAUUGCUGGGGUAAUAAUAUGGAUGGCACAUGCUAAUAAAGCUAUCUUCUGAGUCCAAUAUGAAUUCUAAAACAGCAUAGGGUGAUGAUGAUUAGGCAGCACAGACUCCAGGCAAACUGUAGUCAUGGGCAGCUAGUCCCACAUAAUAACCCAGAAGCAGGCACAUGUCCCCAUUCCAUUGAAAAAUGCAUCUGGCUAGUUUGGGGUCACCAAUGCAGAUAGAAAUGGGGAGCCAAAUAUUCAUGGGCAGUAAGUGCAGGUGUCUUCCCAUGUGAGAAUCUCUCUUGCUAGAGUUGCUUGAUUAGACAAUGGGGACAGCUGCUAUUUUUGCAAAUAACAUAUUUAAUGAAUAAUAAAAGAUAGCAAAAUGUUGCCAGUGUAAAUCUGGGAUUAAUAUUGAGCUACCUAACUUUCUCCCAAGGUUUUUCAUUUGUUGGUUUUUUACAUUGUCACGUUGCACCUUGUAAACUCUUUAUUUCCUGACCCAACACAAUUUUAUUUAUGGCAAAUUGAUCCCUAUGCAGUAUGCAUGCCCUGCCAGAUAAAUGCUGGUGUUUUUCAACUACUUGAUAGCUUAAAUGCAUUGCUAUGCAGUGUAUUCACUUGUCCAAUUUGGUGUAGAAAUUUUGAUAACACUUGACCUAGGCUCUCAUUGACUAGAAUAAUUGAACUUGUGUCUGAGCUACAGCUUGCCUGCUUUUCACCUGCAUGCUCUCCAGGCCUUCUUUAUAGAUAAGUGCCUUUGAAUGGCCUUCUUGUUCAUAUAAAUGAUGUUUUGUUGCACUUUGGCCCCCAUUUUGCCUAUCUUAGAAUUCAGGUAACUUCUGUUAUUUUUAGCAGUGAGAAGAGGCAGUGAUGAAUCAUGCCAGUGAAUGAAAUGUGUUGUAGUUGUGGGUGCACUGAUAAUGUUUUCUUUUUCUUUUUUUGAUUUACAGAGAGGUGGCUUUGGGCGUGGACGUGGUCAACCACCUCAGUAGAAAUCUAUUGCUGUUUGGUUGCAUCUUGUGUAUAAUAAAUAGGUGAAAAAUGCACUUUGUAGCUUUGAAUCAUUUAAUUAUGAAGCUCAGUGGGUGAAAUAUUGCUUGUUUUAAAAUGUGGAGGAUAAACCCCAAAACAUAAUAGGAAUGAUGUGUAAGAUGACAUGUGGUAUCUUGACUAUUUACUUUAAAAGACAGAUAUCAAAUCCUUGUGGCUCUUUCUAAGACUCCUAACUUGAAGAAAAUGGGAAAGGAUUUCUUGAUGUCAGAGGGAUGAAGCAUUAAUUGUUGGUAUACUUAUCUUCCUUAUCUUAUGGCCAUUCUUCCCUGAUUAUAUUCCCCAUCUAACUCCAUGUUAUCCUCUUUGCCUCUAGAUGCAAUCAUCAUUAUCUUGCCUCCUGAAAUUUGAUUAAGUUGUGCAGAAUGAAUUGAAAUUUUAUAUGCAAUUUGUUCUGGCCUUAAAUUUCAGGCUUGCAUAGUUCACAACUUCGUGGAUUGAUGUGCCACUAGCAGUCAAUGUAAUCAUAGUUGGGCAUCAUUGUCCCACAAAAAGUAAAAGCAGUCAUUAACACUAUUUCUUGCUUGACCUUGGUCCUGUUAGGGGGGGAAAUCAUUAGAAAAAGUCAAACAGUUUAAUGGGACAUACUUCUAGGUAUGUUUUGUGCAUAGGAUUGCUGUAUUGGCUUUAUAGUUUUUUUAAAAGCUUUGAUUAACAGGACAGGCUGCUAUAUUUAGCAAGCUUGUGAUUCAAUCAACCGAGCAUAAAAAGCUUUGCUACAGUAUUGGGAUGUAUUUGUAAUUGGGGGUUGUUGGAAGUAUAGUCUCUCCUGUCCCUGAGGCUUGGUUCCAUCCAUUAAACUCCACAAAGGCUCACAAUCUCCACUUUACUGAUGGAGAACUGAAACUGAGAUAGUGGACCAAGCAUUUGCCAGUAACAACCAUUUGGAGAGAACUGGAAGAAAAAGUGAGCAGCGAAUAUAUGAAACCUUUUCUACUUAUGAAUUAGAAGUGUAAGGUACUAUAGAAUGCAGUUCUUAAAUAAGGUUGCCAAAGAUCUAGGCAGUAUAUAGUUUCACCAGUAGAUGCUGAACAAUGUGAAAGUAGGGUAUGAUUUUUUUUAUAUAUAAAAUAAGUAUAGCUGAGUUACGGCGUUUAGCAUGCCAACCAUGUUUGCCUCUUACUAUUUAAUACCCAUUUUACAUAGAAGAGUGUUUGCUGUUGUAAAGCUGGAGGAAAUUGGUCUAGUGUCCAAUACAGUGGUACUUGUACUUGUGAACACGAUCAGUUCUGGGGUGCCGUUCGUACCCGAGAAGUCCGCAACUAGAGCGGCGCUUCUGCACAAGCACAUAGCGCGAUAGAGUGCUUCUGUGUAUGCAUGCACAAUGAAGGGUUUGCUGCAUUCGCAAGCCGAAAAGACAAUAUGAACGUAACACAACAUGAGGUAUGACUAUACUGGGCAGUCCUUUACAUGCUUCUUGCGUAUAUCUCGAGAACCAUGAUGCCAUUGGUGCUAAUGACUUGCUUUUUGCACAGUGUGGUGGUGAUACCCUGCUUAUAGGUGCUACUUUGUUCUGGGCUCUUUAGAAGUCUGGAGACAUUAUUGGAAAUCCCCAGCUUUCCUUUUUGGUGUGACUUCUUCUGAUAUAAGGUGUUAAGGCGGAAUGAGAUCUCUGAAGACCAUGCUCUCAGCCCGUCUGUUAUUUUAACAUUUAUAUUUCACAUUUCCUCCAAGAAAUUCAAUGUGGUGUACAUGGUUCUCCUCCCUAUUUUAUUCUCAUAGCAACCCCGUGAAGGAUAGGUUAGGUUGAGAGACAGUGUCAGGAUAAUAUGCUUGUGAAAGAUAGGCUUAAGUAUGUGAGUAAUGACCAGGGUUUUAGGACAGUAACAAAUUGACAGUUGUGCAUUGAGUACAGAAUUUGGUGUCUUGAAGAAAUUUGCAUUGUGAUUUUAAAGGAUUAGAUAGAGGUUCCAGUGGUGAGGCAGGAUUCUUCUGCUCUGCAUAAUUCCUGGUCCCUUCUCAAGACUUGCAAAAGCAGAAUAAAUCACACAAUGCAUACAGUAUAUACCAGGGUGGGAAAUGUAAGGUCAUGGGGCCAUAUGCAGCCCUCCAGGCCUCUAUUGGGAAUCUUCCCAGGUCACGCCCCACUUUCGCAGACCACAUGUUAAGCUGCCUGAUUAGAAUGUGUCCUUAAACAUGCCUCUUGCUUGUCUGCGUGAAGAAUGAAAAUAUGCAUAUGUGUAGAAAUCUGACUUGUGUUGCUGGAAUAUCUGCUUCUUUGACCCACACACUUUUUCUGUUCACCCUGUCCACACUUGCAUGUAGCCCCUAGAAGUUGCCCAUGAAGGAAUGUGGCUCUUGAAAAAGGUUUUCCAUCUCUGAUUCACACAUACACCUACCUCCCAGAAUUCAGCUCUUGACACUCUCCAACUUGCACAGAGCAUAAUGGCUCUGCAUGUUAACUUUUCUGUGGUUGGUAAUGUUGUGCUCCAACUCAAUAGAUUUUAUUCUUUUCCAGCUUCAUUACUGAAAUGCAAUUAAACACAAUAUGAACGAGGCUAUAACAAGAAGUACAAAUAUAUCAGCAGGCAAACAUGGUUUAAUGUUUUCUCUCUGCAUUUUGUAUUAGGGCUAGUCAAAAUACACAGUGAGAUGCAACUGUUUUCAGAUUUGUGUUGCUAGUUUUGAAAAUGUGCUCCCUGCUUAGAUUGGGAAAGCUGGCAUGCUUUCUAGUACUAGGCAAUGAGAUGGAUGUCCAGAGGGCAUUUCUUUUGCUGCUUUGUCAGUGACAGUCUGGUGGUUUUAAGAUUUUUUUCUAAAUCUCAAAACGGUUUGAGCUUUUUGUGCUCAUGGAAUUGUCUACUGAAUCAAUAUUGGGCUAAAUAUAUAUUGUGUGGAUUGCAUACUGUGGCAUAAUGCUCCAUUAGGAAGUGUUUCCACCCAUCUCAGGAUGUCACUGAGUUGCACUAGAUAAACCCACACCUAGCAUGAUCUGAGGCAAAUGAAAACAUCCCCCACUUCCCGCAACACAACAUUGAUCUCCAGUUAUUUUCAGAACAAGAUGAGGGCCCAUCCUAUGCACUGGGUCUGCUUUCCAUUAGGAAAUGCUUCUCCCCCAGCUGGUACCUGGGCUUGUGGCCCAAAAGCCAGCUGGAGAUAGACUUCAGAGGCAUCCUUAUCCAUUAAUGGAAUCAUAAUCUGGAAAUUACUUUGUUGGUGACAGCAACAGUGAGUUUUCCACAUUAUUUACAAGAACAGUCACAGUACUAAAUUGAAUCCCUGUUGGUGGGUUCAAUUUGUAGACUCAGUAUUUUCACAUCUCUUUUCCCCCAAAGGGACAUGUGUUAGUGUGUUUCAAAAAGUUUUUGGUGCUUAUUUCAAAUUUAGGGGAUAUCUUGUACCUCCCAAGUUUUCUGCCCUGUCCUGGGUAACAUAGGGCUUCAUAGUAUUCGACAGUCUUUCCUUUACUCUUGGAUCCUCAAGGAGGUGGCCUUUAAGAAAUUUUACAAGGACUUCAGUAGCUUUCAUUUCCCCAGCAGUUCACACAAGAGAUUUAAUUUUUGGACAUCUCAUUUGCAUUCCUUUACCAAGUAGAAUACAGUGGUACCUCGGGUUAAGUACUUAAUUCGUUCCGGAGGUCUGUUCUUAACCUGAAGCCUCCUGCUGCUGCUGUGCCGUCGAAGUACGAUUUCUGUUCUUAUCCUGAAGCAAAGUUCUUAACCUGAAGCACUAUUUCUGGGUUAGCAGAGUCUGUAACCUGAAGUGUAUGUAACCUGAAGCGUAUGUAACCUGAAGUAUAUGUAACCCGAGGUACCACUGUACACCACAGGAUCCGUUGGGCUACAAUACAAUCUCUACACUCCAACUGCAUGUAUUUUUCUUUCCUGGACAAGGCCUUAAACUUGAACUCCUCCCACCCAAGUACUCUUAAAGCUACGCUGAAUGAAAUUCAGUGAAAAUGAAUUUCAAUGAAAUAAAGGAACAGACUGACAAAGCCAGAUGAACCUAGGAGCUGCCUGCAACAGAACAGUCCUGAAGAGGUGACAGAACACCAUUAAUCGCCUAUAGCUUUCAGCUAAAAAGAUUCUGACAUCGGGAGCUCAUUCUGUAUAAAUUACAGGUUUUGGGUAGUAGCAUUCUCACACACUCCCUUAAUAUAAGGUCAGGGUGGGGAACCUUUUUCAGCUUGAAGCCCGCAUUCUCUUCUACAUAAACCCUUUUAUAUCCUCAAUCCAGGCAAGCAAGACAUCAAAGUUAAAGGAGAAAUUCAAGCAAGCCAAAAACUUGAGUGUGUGAAGCAGGGCUGUAGCUUGGGGAAGAGAUACCGACAGAGAGGCCUGGGCUGCAUUUGUUGACCCCCACACCCAGUCUGAGGUUCCCUACUGAUGUAGGAGCUGGGCAUUUUUUGUUACUUAACUUACUUUUUAAUUGUAUACUGUUUUAAGCUAUUUGUAUGCUGCUCAGAUAUUUCAUAUGGUGGAAAGGCUGAUAACAGUCUUGCAAAAUAAAUCCGUUAGUCAUACCACCAGGGACUUGCCUUCCAGUGUGAAAUGCCACAUCAUCUACCAAUAAUGACCUUUUGCUUUCCUCACAAGUUACAAAACAGGUUAAGCUCUCUGAAAAAGAAUGGACACAGUAGUAAUGUUCAGCUACCGGGGGGACAUACUUAGGGUGGCUAGGGCACACUCAUGUCAUGGGUGCUGUUUUAAUUCAGUAAUUCCUUCAAUGGGAAGUUCUAGUAUGAAAUUAUUGAAUUAGGAUUUCAGUAAAUCUAUUCAGUUUUAUUCUGUUUUUAAUGUUUUGUUGAAAGCUGCCCAGAGUGGCUGGGGAAACCCAGCCAGAUGGGUUGGGUAGAAAUAGCAAAUUAUUAACUAUUAUUAUUCUUGCCCUAUUGUAGAUUACUGUUACUACCAGCUACUGUUGUUGUGACUGGAUCACACUAGUCUUGUAGUAUACAUCUGGGUUUUGUGUAGAAAUGCCACUUGAUUGGGAGAAAGGCUCAUAAAUUGUGGAACUUUCUUCCAAGUAAAUCCAUGUAUUAGUCUUUAAAGGUACACAAGCACACAAUAGAAGUAUUGUGGUAUAACAUACAUAGGUGACCUGAAAUAGUCUCGCUGUCAUUCAAAGGCAGCACUGCCUUUACAUUGUGGUCAGCUAAAUAUAAUUCUUAGUGCAAAAGUCUAUUCUUACUUUACAUUUCCCCUUUUGGUUGCAGCGUAUACAUGUAUCAUCACUCUAGAUAUAGUCUAGGAUUUUAGUCAUCAGUUAUAAGUGCAAUUGUUUUGGCUGAUGUUGUAGUUUAUUCUUUAGAAUUCUUUGAGUUUCCCUAACAAGGUUAGCUGCUGUUCAGAUAACAUAGGUAUUAUUAAUGCUACUCAUUUUGAACUUGUGCUUUAUGAAGUCAACAAGAGGAACUGACACUUAUAGGGCAUAGGUAGUCAGCCCCUCUGGCAUGCAUGGACACUCAAUGCUAUGCUUUUGACUGAAAAGUAAAAACAGGUUUAAUAGCGAAAUGGAGGGUAUGCACAGGCUUCCCAUUUAAUAUAACAGCAUGAUGCAGUGUCAGCAUAUCAUGAAGGCAGGAGGAAGAAACACAGCUUUUACCUCCUAUGCUAUGGGAAUCCCUUCAGGUUUGGACAUUGUGUCCACAGUGGACUGGCAGAAGAUCUCUUAUUUCUGAUUUAUAUGGAUGCCUACAACAAAGAAAGGCUGCAAUCUCACAUACACUGAACCUAGGAGUAAAUCCCAUUUUCUUUAAAUAGGGCUUCAGGGUUGACACACAUAGGAUUUCACUGUAAGCCAUCAGUAUGUUAAUGACACUCAGUUCUAUAGCUCCAUAACAUCUGAAUCAAGAGAACUUGUGUAGGUCCUGGACUAGUGCCUGGGUGCAGGGUGGGCUUGAAUCCUGUCAGGAUGAAGGUGCUAUUCAGAAAGUGGCCAGCUGCUUGCCCUGGAUGGAGUUGUAUUUCCCCUGAAGUAACAGGUAUGCAGCCUUGUCAGUUGAGGCCCAGCUGGCCUUAGUGGCUAGGAAUGCCUUCGGCUCGUAUGACAAUUGCACCAGUUGUGGGAUAGCUUAACCACAGUAGUAGUAGACAGGAACUAGAUUUACUGCACAAUGCUGCAGCCCAAUUACUGACAGGACUAAGUCCCCCUUCCACACCUGCUUAGAGAGCUACCUUGAACUGAACAGCUUGGGACCAGUUUACGAAGGAUUGCCUUACCACAUAAGUGUCCAUUUUGAUCUGUGGAAGUGAUACAUUUUGAUAAAUGUAUCUACCUGCUUUUAAAGUUCUGAGUUUGUUGGUAUUAGGUAUUUUUUGUAUUGCUUCAAGUAAACAGCUUAAGAGGUUUUUGUUGAUUAAGCGAUAUAUAAACCGUGUUAAAUAAUAAAUAAUGAAAUGUUUGCAUGCUAGACAGUACAUAAAAUCUGUACUUUUAACAUGGGGCCAUUGUGUCCACUUACGUUUGGGGGGCCUUUUUAACCUAUAAAGCCUUAUGUGACUCAAGGACCACCUCUCACCAAAACCAGGCUGGACCUCAGAACCAACAUGGACCUUGCAAUCAUCAUCUGGGCCCUUCCUCAUGUGCUCCCUCCUCAGGAACUCCAUAGGGUGGCAACAUGAGAAUAGGACUGUUCAGUGGUGGUAAUCCACUUGUGGAAUGCUCUCUCUGGGAGGCUUGCCUGGUGCCAUUAAUACAUAGCUUUAAGUGCUAGGCAAAAGCAUUUCUUUUCACCAGGCCUUUGGCUCUGGCCCAACUGCACUGGCUACCAAUUAGUUUCCGGGCCAAAUUCAAAGUGCUGGUUUUGACCUAUAAAGCCUUAAAUGCUUCAGGACUGCAAAAUCUCAAGGCCCACCUCUCUGCAUAUUAACUGACCUAGACCCUGCAAUAAUAAUCUGAGGCCCUUCUUCAUGUGCCUCCUCUGUGAAGUCUGGAGGGUGGCAACACGAGAACGGGCCUUUUCUGUGGUGGCUCCCCAUUUGUGCAAUGCUCUCCCCAGGGUGGCUUGCCUGAUGCCUUUGUUAUACAUCUUUAGGCGUCAGGUGAAAACAUUCCUCUUCUUCCAGGCCUUUGGCUAAUUAAACAAUCUAUGGCCUUUUAAAUUGUGUGUAGGGUGGGAUUUUUUUUGUUAUAGUAUGUUUGUAUUUUUAUAUUGUAAACUGCCCUGUGGUUUUCAAAUAAAGGGUGGUAUAGGUAUUUAAUUAUCACCUGUAGCCUCCUUGAGUGGAUGGGAUGUUUUAAUCCUGCCUUUUAAAAAUAGGAUUCUCUUUUAGAUUUGUCUUUGGUUUUCUUUUAUACCAGUUUUAAUGUGUUUGUUUAUAUAUUGAGUUACCUUGGUAAAAAUUAACCAAAAAAUAUAUUAAAUACUACUGAUGAUAUAACUCAUUAUUAUUAUUAUUAACUGAGGGUUUAAAAUAUCUUGCAGAUAUAAUUGUAAAAACAUUGUCAAUGUUUUUAAUUUUUAUUUUAUUACUGUUUUGUUUGCUGCCUUGGGCUCUUUUGGGAAGACAGAUGGGAUAAAAAUGUACUAAUGCAAGAAAACAAUAAUGACAUCUGCACACCUUAAGAAAAUAAAGAUAAACUGGUAAUAAUACC